AUGGAAGUGGACACUGGAUCUUCAAUUACGAUCAUGUCCUGGAACAACUUAGAAAAAAACUUGCCUGCCAUCGCGAAACGCAAACUGCGGCCGCAGAAGCUAAAAGUGCAGGACUAUCAAGGGAACAGGAUCCCUGUUCGAGGGGUGACGACCGUCCACGUCAAGUAUGGACAGUUCGAAAAAACUCUGCCCAUCACCAUCGUCGAUGGGACUCUACCGAGUUUGUUGGGACUGGACUGGUUCCGGAAAUUGGGCAUGGGAGUGACAGGAGUCUUCCGAAAUGAAGUCGACCUCAAGGACGAACUCAUGAAGGAGUUCGAGGAUGUUUUCAAAGACUGCCUGGGCAAGUACAAGGGGACCCCUAUCUCCUUCAAUCUAGACCCUCAAGUUGCCCCUAUCCGUUUAAAGGCUAGGAGGGUUCCCUUCGCCCUGAAGCCCAAGAUUGACCGGGAACUGGACAAACUAGUAAGCCAGGGGAUACUAGUGCCAGUCGACCAUGCGAAGUGGGAGACACCGAUAGUCACCCCAGUGAAACCAGACGGGUCAGUCAGGAUUUGCGCCGAUUACAAGGCGACGCUAAACAAAGCUUUGCAAAAAAGCGCUUACCCCGUCCCAGUGGUGCAACACUUGCUGCACUCGCUAGGGCAAGGGCAGGUUUUUGCCAAACUAGAUUUGGCCCAAGCCUAUCAGCAGUUGCCCGUAGAUAGCAGCACGGCCGAGGCACAAACAAUCGUAACGCACAGGGGUGCUUUCAAAUGCACCAGGUUACAGUUUGGGGUCAGUGUGGCACCAGGAUUAUUUCAAAAUUUAAUGGAGCGGCUUCUGCAGGGGCUCCCCGGGGUGGUACCAUAUUUUGAUGACGUACUGGUAUCCGCCGAUAAUAUGGAAGAACUAGGGGUGCGACUGAGAAAAGUUUUGAGUAUUUUCCGGUCCGCCGGUCUAAAAGUCAAAUUAAACAAGUGCCAGAUCGGGGUAGGAUCCGUAGAAUUCCUGGGCUACCGGAUAGACAGGGAGGGGAUCCACCCCACUGAGAGCAAGGUUAGGGCAAUCAGAAAGGCCCCAGCACCCCAAAACAAAACAGAGUUGCAGGCGUUUUUGGGUCUGGUAAAUUUUUACGCGGUUUUUUUAAAAAAUAAGGCUACCAUAGCCGAGCCGCUACACAAAUUACUAGGAAAAAAUGCUGCAUGGUCUUGGGGAAAGGCGGAAGCUAGAGCAUUCGAAGCAGUAAAGAACCUCCUGUCCAGUGAUAGCCUAUUGAUCCAAUACAAUAGCACAAUGCCAUUGGUGUUAGUCUGUGAUGCAUCCCCCUACGGGGUGGGGGCUGUGCUCAGCCACAGGCUACCAAAUGGCACAGAAGCACCCAUAGCGUUUUACUCCCGAACAAUGUCCUCGGCUGAAAGGAACUAUAGUCAGUUGGAUAGGGAAGCCCUGGCCAUAGUUUCCGGGGUAAAGAAGUUCCAUGAAUAUGUUUUUGGUCGUGACUUCGAAAUCGUCACAGACCAUAGACCCUUACUGGGGUUGCUGGCUGGCGACCGCCCAACGCCCGUGCCACUUUCGCCCAGGUUGACCCGAUGGACUAUCUUCCUGGCUGCCUAUUCGUACAAACUGCUACAUCGGCCAGGAAAGGAGUUAGGGCAUGCAGACGCCUUGAGCAGAUGCCCACUACCAGCGACUAUCGAAGACCCCACUCCGGGCACACCCGUCUUGUUAAUUGACUCUUUGGACUCUAGCCCAGUCACUUCCAAGGAGGUGGCUCGGGCUUCUUACAAGGACAUUACAUUGCGAACUGUAAUUGGUUGGGUUCAAAGAGGAUGGCCCGCUGCGCCGGGCGAGCGUUUUAAGGAAUAUGUAAAAAAGCGCGGGGAAUUAUCGGUGCUAGGGGGGUGUUUGCUCUGGGGGGAUAGAGUGGUGGUCCCAGAGAAAUUGCGGGAAAAAGUUCUGGAACUUCUGCACGAAGGCCAUCCUGGGAUCGUGAGAAUGAAGGGUUUAGCCAGAAGCUAUGUGUGGUGGCCCUUGAUGGACAUGGAGAUUAGCGAUAGGGUUGGGAAAUGCCAAGCAUGCCAGGAAUCCAGACCACUACCACCAACGGCCCCAAUCCGAGAGUGGGAAAAACCCCAGGGCCCAUGGUCCCGAAUCCAUAUCGAUUUUGCCGGCCCCUUCCACGGCCAAACAUUCCUAAUAGUGGUAGACGCAUUUUCCAAAUGGCUGGAAAUCAUUCUAAUGAAAUCCAUGACCGCCGAGGCUGUCAUUUCAGUACUGAAACACCUUUUUGUAACACACGGGUUACCAGACACCCUAGUUUCAGACAACGGUCCGCAGUUCACUGCAACCCUAUUUGAGGGGUGA